AUGGUGAUCUGUGCCGCUUCCGAUGCUGUAAAGUGCAGGAUGUUUCCGGCUACGUUUAAAGGCACUGCCAUGGCAUGGUUCACAACACUGCCCCGAGGAUCAAUCACGAAUUUCCGUGACUUCUCAUCUAAGUUUCUAGUCCAGUUCUCGGCAAGCAAGACCAAACAAGUGACGAUCGAGGAUUUAUACAAUGUGCGCCAGUCCGAAAGCGAGACUCUGAAGCAGUACGUGAAACGGUUUUGCGCCGCGUCGGUAAAAAUUGAGGGGUCAGAGCCAAAUGCCUGUGCCUUCAAGAACGGUUUGCAACCUGGGAAGCUAAAUAGCAAGUUGAGUCGCAAGCCGGCCCGAUCAAUGGCUGAGAUUCGGGCGAGAGCAAACACCUACAUACUCGAUGAGGAGGAUGAUGCUUUUAAGCGAAGGCGCGCGAAGGUAGAGAAAGAUGGCGAUCAGAGGGAUGCAUCGACGAUCAGAGGGAUGCAUCGCCAGAAGACAAGCCGAGCAAAGAGAAAGCGGAAGGGAGCAAGAGACGAGACAGAAAGGUGCGUACGAGUGAAAAAGUGCCGAGAGAACCAUUGUAUCCCAAAAAGGAGAAUUUUGAGCGCUGCCGACUCUCGUCGGCGAGAGGAGUCAGGGAAAAGUUUGAGUGCGCAUCCGACGGAGCUGCUGCGUGAGGUUAAGGCGACACACGCAGUUGAGGAAGGCAAGAAGGAGGCAGGCUCGCCCCGGGCAGCGUUAGAUAAGACAAAAUGGUGCGAGUACCACCGCUCGGCAGGACAUGACACUGGGGACUGCUUUACUCUAAAGAAUGAAAUUGAGAGGCUCAUCCGAGCAGGGCGAUCACAGCUGGGUGACCGUGGUGAUCGCUGGAGCGGGGAGCGACAACGAGGAAACCGGUAUAAUGGGUCCCGCCAGCAGGAUGAUCGUAGACGGGAAGAUCGCCAUCGUACCCCAAGCGCUGACAAAAAGGAAACACUGGCCACACGGAAAAAAGGGGGCGAAGGAAACCUUCAAUAA